GCUAGCUCGCUACCGAGGAAGGCAGUGCUCCGAGAUCUGCGCCUCAGACACCACCCCGAGCCCAAGACUGUCCACCCCGCACACCCUCCUGCCUCUUUGCAGUGUUUCCUCUACAUUCUUUGAAGAGUGGUGCCCCUCACUGCCGGAGAGCUGCCCCUGUGCUCAGUGAAGUCCAGAUGCAUGAGUCUGGGUCAGAACCAACAAGCCACAUCAUUCCAGCCAUUCAGACAGAGAACGGGAAUAAUAGUGAGAAUGAGAGUCGAGUGAGGAGCAGCCAGACUCCUCCUCCAGAGGCACCAAGGGUUCCAGUGUCUUUAUCUAUGAUGACCCCACCAGCAGAGGCCCCUCAGCAAUUACAACAGACACCCCAGCAGCAGGUCCUCAGUCCUCAGCAGCUCCAAGCCCUGCUCCAGCAGCAAAAAGCACUCAUGUUACACCAGCAACAAAUUCAAGAGGUCUUCAAGAAUCAGCAAGAGCAGCUAAAUAUUCAGCUGCUGCAACAGAAGAAUGCUGGAAUUGUUAGUCAAGAGUUGACAGCCCAGCAGAUUGCCAUCCAGCAGCAGCUUCUUCAGAUGCAGCAGCAACAUCUCCUCAACCUGCAGAGACAAGGCCUGCUGUCUGUCCUUCCCAGCAGCCCCCUUGCACUCACAGGCUGUGAGAAUGGUAGCAUCCUGUCUGCUGCUGGAGACACCAGAGAGUCCUCCAGUCAACAAUCCAGCACCAACGGUCAUCACACUCUCCUGAAGAGGAAAGAAAGAGGGUCGCUGGAUGAAAACGCACAGAACAGCCAUGCACUGUAUGGAAACGGCAUGUGUAAAUGGCCUGGCUGUGAAACUGUCUUUGGAGACUUUCAGGCAUUUCUCAAACAUUUGAACGGUGAACAUAUACUGGAUGACAAGAGCACAGCACAGUGCCGUGUGCAGAUGCAAGUGGUUCAGCAGCUGGAACUGCAGUUGAGGAAGGACAAAGAGCGGCUGCAAGCUAUGAUGGCUCAUCUGAAGUCCUCUGAACCCAAACCCGCAGCACAGCCUGUGAAUCUGGUGUCUAAUGUGUCCUUCACACAGGCAACAUUGCCCAAAUGUUCGCCUCCUGUGAGUUUGUCUCAGAGUGCCAUGGCUCCAUCCACACCCAUGACGCCGCUCUCUGAAUCACCGUCAGUCCUCACUCCCAAUAGCAUGUUCACUGGAACCCCUGUGCGGAGGCGAUAUAGCCGCUCGGUGAGCCAAGGUAACGAUAUAGUUGAUAAUAAGGAGUUCUACUUGAGCACAGAAGUUAGACCUCCAUUUACAUAUGCGUCUCUAAUAAGACAGGCGAUAUUUGAAUCACCUCGCAAUCAGCUGACGCUAAAUGAAAUCUACAACUGGUUCACAAGAAACUUUGCAUAUUUCAGGCGCAAUGCAGCCACGUGGAAGAAUGCCGUCAGACACAAUCUCAGCCUCCAUAAAUGCUUUGUGCGUUUGGAAAAUGUGAAGGGAGCUGUGUGGACAGUAGAUGAGAUUGAGUUCCACAGGAGAAGGCCCCAGAAGACUGCUGGUAACGGGUCUCUGCUGAAGAACUCACAGAACCAUCAGAGCUCUGCUGGGUCUGCUCCUCAGAGUGGUGGUCUAGACGGCAACAACUCUCUCUACAACCCGGCCUUCAUGGGCAGCAUCCCGUUUCACUCGCUGCCUCAUAUUCUCCAAGAGCAGAUGAAUGGAGCCCUUGCUAAUGGAUCUGGAUACCAAAGUGACAGCAGUGCAACACAGUCCCCUCCUCAAGCUUUCAUUAAAGAGGAACAGGAAGACGAGGAGAUUUGUGAAGGUUAUCCCUACGAGUCCCCGGAGAGCACAGACGAGCUCGGCCACAGCCCGGAGAUGAACCACGAUGAAGACAACGGCAGCCCGGAGAGGCCAAAUCUUCACAUCGAUCGCGUGCCUUCUCUCUGACCAUGAGGUCCAAAUUCUCCACUGCAAGGCCGCUUCACUCACAGCCUGUGUGACUUUAUAUUCCAAAAGUUUCCCAAAACAACUGCUUCAUCUUCUUAACCAAACACUCUCUUCUUGGGGGACAAUUUUUUUUUUUUAUCAGCAUUUUUUUUUUAAGUCUUUCUGUAAAGUAGAGUGAGAUCACAAAAAACACAUCUGUUCAUGAUUUUUCUUAUUUUAUAUAUCUAUAUAUAUAUGUGGAAACAAAAGGACAAUGAUGAGCAGAGAAGCCAAAGGAAAAGGAACAUUGAUAGUUCACUUCACAAUGAAACGUUUCCCCCUUCUGUAUAGCUGCUUUAUGCUAUGUUGGGGCCUCGCUACCUAAUUUUAUUUUAGUAGUCAUAAUAUAUAAAAAAUUUCUAGAAGAAAAAAAAACGUUACUUAAAAAAUCUAAAUGUUCACUGCCAACAUGAUCUGAUAUAUUUGUAUUUAAGGUAAGAGACAAUUGUUGAAAAGAAUGCGUAGCUUCUUUAUACUUGUCGGUCUUUUUCACCCCUUCCACAAAACAUUGCUGAAUUCCGCUCUAAUUGAGCUUGUAAAAGUAGAAAAAUAUAGAUUUACCAUUAUUGUAAACCAAUGCAUCUUUAUGAAUAAUAAAUCC